AUGAAGACGGGAACUUCGUAUCCACGGUCAAAACUUUUUUCGCCGCAGUUGAUCAAGUCUUGGAUCUCGGAAUUAGUAAGUUGGCCAUCCUCGACGGCGGAAUCGAAGACGGAUUCGGUGCACUGGGCGGGAUUGAAUGGGCGCGGAACAAAGGCUCCUUUCGGGGCGCGCUCAAAUGGGAAGGAUAUGACUUCUCGGGCCUUGAUUACGCGGCCGAGGACGAAGAGCAGUAGCAUGAAGCAUGGAGGGAUGAUGAAGUUGCAAAAGGUGUUGCAGUGUUGA